AUGACGGAAUCGUCUUCUUUUGUCCAACCAGCCAUUCCAAAAUUUGAUGGGCAUUAUGAUCACUGGUCAAUGCUUAUGGAGAAUUUUCUGCGUUCAAAGGAGUACUGGAGUUUGGUGGAGAAUGGAGUCCCUGCAGCAGCAGAAGGAGAGACUCUGACAGAUGUACAAAAGAAGUCCAUUGACGAUCAAAAGUUGAAAGAUUUGAAGGCAAAGAAUUUUCUGUUUCAAGCACUUGAUCGUUCUGUUCUGGAAACAAUUCUGAAAAAGGAUACAGCAAAGGACAUAUGGGACUCAAUGAAGCAGAAAUAUCAAGGUACAACUCGGGUUAAGCGAGCACAGUUGCAAGCUCUUCGCAAAGAGUUUGAAGUUCUCCAAAUGAAAAAUGGAGAAACAGUAAAUGAAUACAUUGCCCGAGCUCUUUCCAUUGCUAAUAAAAUGAAAGCAAAUGGCGAAGACAAGAGAGAUGUUGCUGUGGUUGAGAAAAUUUUAAGGUCCAUGACUCCUAAAUUCAAUUAUGUUGUUUGUUCCAUUGAAGAGUCUAAUGAUACAAGCAAACUAACCAUUGAUGAGCUGCAAAGUAGCUUGCUUGUACAUGAACAGCGUAUGAGCACGCAAAUUGAUGAGGAACAUGCCUUAAAAAUUUCUCAUGGAGAUCAAUAUGGAGGACGAGGCAGUAGUGGACGAGGUGGUCGCGGAAGAGGACGAGGCCGGCAAAAUUUUGACAAAUCAAAGAAUGCUUAG